CACCGAGCCGCUGUCAUGUCGCCCGUCUCCUCCUUCCUGUGGACCUACGCCGUGGGGGUGAAGGUGCUGCUCUCCCAGCUGCUCGGACGCAGCUUCUCGCUGCCAGGUUGCGGAGGUCACAUAUUUGGCAGAUGUUGUUGGAGGAGCCUUGGUUGAUUGCUGCAGUGCGUUUUAUAGAUGGUACACUGCUGCUUUGUUGGUGAUGGAUUUCUUCCUCCGCAAAAAGCAAAGGUUGCCAUAGUGACCGGUGGUGCCAAAGGGAUCGGGUAUGAGACCGCAAAACAUCUUUCAAGACUGGGCAUGCAUGUGAUUAUAGCUGGAAAUCAUGAAAAUCAGGGAAAACUAUCCGUAAGCAGAAUUGUCAAGGAAACUGGGAAUGACAAAGUGGAGUUUAUGUUCCUAGAGCUUGCUUCAAUGCACUCCAUUCGGCAGUUUGUCCAAAACUUCAAAGCAAAGAACCUCUUACUCCAUGUUUUGGUAAAUAAUGCGGCAGUGAUGCUGGUGCCUCAAAGAAACACUGUGGAUGGAUUUGAAGAGCACUUUGGUGUGAACUACCUUGGACACUUCUUGCUGACCCAUCUUCUUCUGGAUACCCUGAAGCAUUCGGGGAGCCAUGACCAUAAUGCUCGAAUUGUCACCCUUUCUUCAGCUACCCAUUAUAUUGGCGAGCUAAACUUCAACGACUUGCAAAGCAGACGCCAUUAUUCUCCCCAUGGAGCUUAUGCGCAGAGCAAGCUUGCCCUUGUCCUCUUUUCAUACGAACUGCAGCAGCGCCUCACAGCUGAGGGGAGCUACGUGACGUCAAAUGUAGUGGACCCAGGAGUUGUCAACACUGAUCUCUACAAGCACACCAGCUGGCUCUUCAAACUGUGCAAGUGGUUAACAUCCUGGUUGUUCUUCAAGACUGCAGCCCAGGGAGCUUCCACUGUGAUAUAUGCAGCAGUUUCUCCAGAUUUGGAAGGAGUGGGAGGUGCCUACCUUGGUAACGGUCAGAAGACAAAAUCUGCAGACCUUUCGUAUGAUGUGGACCUUCAGAAAAAACUUUGGACUCAAAGCUGCAAGCUUGUUGGGAUUCCGGAAUGGUGCCAGUCCGACUGUUGAAGGAAGGAGGAGGCUGUGACACAAGGGCUGAGUGUGCGAGCUACGUGUCUCUGUCACUUGCUCUUGUUAGGCAGGCACCAGGAAUAACAAGCCUACUCCUGGGGAACCAUAAACUUAAAACCGAAGCAAAAAUCACAAAUAAUUAAUUCACUUUACUCACGGUGUUUGUGUUCAUUAGGAAACCAAAAACCCCGUUUGGAUGUUCAGUUUGAUUCAGUAUAUUGACAAAGUUUCCAAGUUGAUAAUGUAUGUUUGUACGAAAUGUGUCAAAGUAUUCAGAUCCAGAGAGAGAAAAAGAUAUAUACACAUAUGCACUUUGGUACUGCACUGUUCCAGUACUUAAUUACUACCUGUAGAGGCCACUGGUGGUCGAGAUAAUUAUUUUGCUUAUGCUGAAGAGAUGCCUUUCAUUAGAUGCCAUGAGUUGAGAUAAAAUAUCCUACCCCAAA